AUGCUUGAUGGCGAAGACUUUGUAGACCAUAAUGAUAUUCUAUCAUCACCGGCAAAAAGCAGAACUGCGACACCGAAAAGGCUUGAUAUGCAUAAGGAAAGGUCUAUAAGGAGGAUUCAUUCAUCAAAGAAGAAUUUAUUGGAAAGAAUCUCCCUUGCAGCCGAAACUAUAAAUACAUCUCCUGACCCGGCACUCAAACCAACUACACCAAGUAAAGUUCCUCGUAAACGUGGAAGACCAAGGAAGAUACAGGAUGGUUCAAGCGGUAGCAUGGGAGAAAGUGAAGAAAAUUCUAGUAAGAAAAAAAGACUAUUAUUCAAAGGUAGAUUAAGCAAUACCAAUGAAGAAAGUAAAACUUCCAACGCCAGACAGGUAAUGGAAGAUAAGAAGAGGGAAGAAACUAAAGAAUCCGAAAGCAUACAAUUAACCACUCCUACGACAUAUGAAAAGAGUACGAUUCCACCAAUUGAUGAUAGUUCAGCAUCAAACCCACUCGAGCUACCGGAGCCUACCACACCAUCGAAGAAGUCAUUUACCACUAAUCACAAUUUUACUUCUCCUCUAAAGCAAAUAAUAAUGAAUAAUUUGAAAGAAUACAAAGACACAACAUCUCCAGGUAAAUUGACGUUGAGUAGGAACUUCACACCAACACCCGUACCGAAAAAUAAAAAGCUCUACCAAUCUUCGGAAACUAAAUCAGCGAGUUCAUUUUUGGAUACCUUUGAAGGAUACUUUGAUCAAAGAAAAACGGUGAGAACUAAUGCAAAGUCAAGGCGUACUAUGUCCAUGGCUCCAGACGUCACCAGAGAAGAGUUUUCCCUUGUAACAAGCUUUUUUAAUAAAAAUUUCCAAAGCCGUCCAAGACAAAAAUUGUUCGAAAUUCAAAAAAAAAUGUUUCCUCAGUAUUGGUUCGAAUUAACUCAAGGAUUUUCUUUAUUAUUUUAUGGUGUAGGCUCUAAACGUAAUUUCUUGGAAGAGUUUGCCAUCGACUACUUAUCUCCAAAAAUCACAUACUCACAGCAGGCUUACGAGUAUGAAUCUGAACAGAAUGAAUCCGUAAAUGCCAUUCCGUGUCUUAUAUUAAAUGGUUAUAACCCUAGCUGUAACUAUCGUGACGUCUUCAAGGAAAUCACGGAUCUCCUAGUCCCCGCUGAAUUGACAAGAAGCGAAACCAAGUAUUGGGGCAAUCAUGUAAUUUUACAGAUCCAAAAAAUGAUUGAUUUCUACAAGAAUCAACCAUUAGAUAUCAAGUUGAUCCUCGUUGUGCACAAUCUGGAUGGACCCAGCAUAAGGAAAAACACAUUUCAAACGAUGCUAAGUUACCUCUCCGUCAUCAGACAGAUUGCAAUAGUAGCGUCUACAGACCAUAUAUACGCUCCGUUGCUCUGGGAUAACAUGAAGGCCCAAAAUUUUAACUUUGUAUUUCACGAUAUUUCAAACUAUGAACCGUCAACUGUUGAGUCCACGUUCCAAGAUGUAAUGAAAAUGGGUAAGAGCGAUACCAGCAGUGGUGCUGAAGGUGCUAAGUAUGUCCUACAAUCACUUACUAUCAACUCCAAGAAGAUGUAUAAGUUGCUCAUCGAAACACAGAUGCAAAACAUGGAUAACCUGGCGGCUAACACGGGUCCAAAACGUGGUACUCAAAGAACAGGGGUGGAGCUCAAACUUUUCAAUCACUUAUGCGCUGCUGAUUUUAUCGCCUCCAAUGAAAUAGCCUUGAGGUCCAUGCUAAGAGAAUUCAUCGAACAUAAAAUGGCCAAUAUCACGAAGAACAAUUCAGGAAUGGAGAUUAUUUGGGUACCGUACACGUACGCAGAACUAGAUAAACUGCUGAAGACUGUCUUAAGUACUUUAUAA